AUGCGUGCUUUAUCAGUGUUCUUAAUCGCUGCCUUACAGGUGUUGGCGAUUACUUUGCCGCAGCCACAACAUCUUUCAAUACCAUUAACAAAGAGAUCUACUCUCAGGACCGCUGAUGGACAUGGUUCUGUUGACCCUACUUCAAUUAUGGCUCAUAUUAGCAGCACAGUGGUCAAGUUACAGCGGGGCGCUGCUGCAUUCGAGAGAAACACUGGCGCAGUUCUCUUCUCCGAGUCCUCAUCGCUAACAAAGCGUGUAGCAGCGUCCGGUUCUGACCCGCUGGCUGACGACUCAAACGAGCGUUGGUAUGGACACAUCGAAGUCGGCACUCCGCCGUUUACAUUUACCAGUUUGCAUUUCCGACUUGAUCGCACUAUGCAUGACGUACUGAUGCGGGCACCCCCAGUUGAUUGCGACACUGGUUCGACGGACUUCUUUCUACCUGGACCAAGCUGCGGGGACUCGUGUAGCGGACAUGACGUUUACAAUCCCAACAGUAGUUCGUCUGCUGAGCCCCUUGGUAAGACUUUCAUGGUGGAGUACGGCGAUGGUUCUAUGGCUACAGGCGAUCUAUACACGGACACCGUGUCACUUGCUGGCUGCAAUGCCAAUGCACAAACGCUUGGCGUUGCCUCGUUGUAUUCAUAUGGGUUCUCGUCGGAGAACUUUGGUGCGGAUGGGCUGAUGGGAAUGGCUUUCGAGUCCAUUUCGGCAUAUGGCGCAAACUCCGUUUUCCAGACGUUGGUUUCACAAGGAGCUGUCCCAGAACCAGUGUUUGCUUUCAAACUUGCAUCCUCUGGUUCUGAGCUUUACGUUGGUGGCGUGAACUCUGCGCUAUAUCGUGAUCCGUUCACGUACACUCCGGUAACUAAACAGGGUUACUGGCAGGUCACUGGUGAUGCCAUCGCGAUCAAUGGGAAACAAAUCGUCAAUGAAUUCUCUGCGAUUAUUGACACUGGGACCACGUUGAUUUUGGGCGAUACGACCUACGUCAGUCAGCUCUAUGCAGUCAUCAAUGCGACAGAAGUAGGUGGAGGUGUAUACUCGCUACCAUGUGACGCCAUGCCAAAUGUGACCAUCACCCUUGGCGGGAAGUCAUUUGCGAUUUCCGCAGAGACCUUCAAUUUUGGCACGUACGGUUCUUCAGGAAACACCUGCCUUGGUGGUAUCGCAGGUGGUGAUGGUCUUGGAGAUGUAUGGGUCCUUGGUGACGUUUUCAUGAGAAACGUGUACACCGCCUUUGAUGUUGGAAACUCCAGAGUUGGCUUCGCGGACCUUGCAUGA